AUGGAUAGUGUCGAUAAGUUCUUUCAAGAGUCGUAUUACAAUAUUAUUCGCGCUCAGCUAAGUUUCAUUGGCGUGUGGCCCUUUGACAGCGUAACUAAACGAUACACGAUUUGCUUCGGAUUCUUAUUGCUACUCGCAUCUGGAGUAACGUUCGAGGUAUUGGGUAUGAUUGACGUUCGGACAAAUACGUUUGAAGUGAUCGACUGCUUACCGUCGUUAGUUCUAAGUGUGCUCACCACAUCUAAAGUGAUCUGUUUGGCAUGCGCGUUACCCAAGAUCAAGUAUCUUCUGAUUGAAAUGGAAAAAUAUUGGUGUUCCCUAAAAUCGGACGGUGAGACGAAAAUUUUGCAUUCCUACGCGAUAUAUGGACGCAAGUUCGGCUUCGCGUAUACAGAAUCAGUCGUAUUACUCGGUCAUUCCGUCCUUUUUCUGUCCGCAACUCUGUUGAGCAAGUUUAUCCGCAUAAAAUCCAACGAGGGAUCAAACGACUCGACAAAUUCCGUGGGCGCCCAAGCAGGUGUACCAUAUCGCGUUAAUUACUUGGUUGACCUGGACACUUAUUACGCACCAAUUUUCAUACACACGGCCAUGUGCGAAGCGACGUAUGUGUUCUUUUUAGUCGUGGUUGAUGUUUUGUACAUGACAUUUGUGCAACAUUGUUGCGGUCUACUCGAGGCUUUGAGAUAUGUUUUGGAAAAUUCAUGCGAAUUUGAGGGCAAUGUCGACGGCAUGAUUUCGACACUCAAGCACCCAUCAAGAGACAGUAGGAUUUACUCAAUUGUCUCUUACAGCAUUCGAAGACAUUCUGAGGCGAUACAAUUCAUUGAUAGCCUAGAGUCGUUAUUCAGGCUACCUCUCUUCAUACACAUGGGCUGUGUGAUAUCCAUUAUAACCACCGUUGGAAUUCAGGUGAUAAUAAACACGGCGAACAUAAGUCGCGUGUUACAACACUCCGUUUAUUUUAGCGGGGCUAUCAUCAACGCGUUCUUUGAGAACUGGCAAGGUCAGAAAAUCAUAGAUUACAGCGAAAAGGUGUACGAGUCCGCAUACAACGCGCAAUGGUACAAGAUGCCGAUUGCGGCGAGGAAACUCCUAAUAAUGAUCAUGUUAAGGAGUAUAAAACCGUCGCAGGUAACUGCCGGCAAAAUCAUUGUAAUGUCCUACGUGAAUUUCAAUGCGGUGAUCCGUUUAUCGUCGUCAUACUUUAUGUUGCUGAAGUCUAUGCAGUGAAACGUUCCAAAAGUAAUAGGCGAUAUUUAUUACGUCGGACGUCAUU